AUGGGUUCAAGUGUUACUGUCUGUUGUCUCGUGGAAGUUAGCAUUUGUAGGGUCGGCUCAUUCAGGAGUGGGUUUAACAUGUCUAAGAAACACCAAGGGGCGGAGAACAUUCGGGUGGUUAUUCGCUGCCGUAAUCUGUUGGGAUUUGAAACAGAGAGGGGUGACAAGGCCCUUGUGCGGCUUGAUCUUGCUACUAACCAGGUUAUCGUGCAGCAUCCAAUUGGUGACGCUGAUGUUUUUGCAUUUGAUGCCGUAUAUAACAACACUUACACCCAGCGUGAUCUCUUUCUGCAGGAGGUGCAGCCGCUUGUUGAAGCGGUUUUGCAAGGGUAUAACGCAACGGUCUUUGCUUAUGGACAGUCUGGCUCCGGUAAGACACACACAAUGACUGGUAAACUGAAUGAUCAGGAAAUGUGGGGUAUGAUGCCGCAGGUUGUAAAUCACCUCUUCAACGAGAUCAAGAAACUUACGUCAGCAACAAGAACGUACAAAGUAAAGGUCUCUUAUAUAGAAUUGUAUAACGGCAAAUCGCGCGACCUCCUUUCAGCUAAACAGGGUAAUCUUGAGAUUAAACAGAAUAUGGCGAAAAACUUCUACGUCAAGGGUGCGGAGAUGCCGGAGGUGACGAACUUUGGUGAGGCUCUUCGUUGGUUUAACGCUGGAACGGAUCGUCGACAGACCGCAUCAACGGACCUUAACGAUAAUAGCAGUCGAUCGCACUCGCUAUUUACCCUCCAGGUGGAACAGUUUGACUUUGAACAGGAUCCCAGCGCACCGAUAGUUCUCACGAGCAAAAUUAACCUCGUGGACCUUGCUGGGUCGGAGAAGCUAAGUAAGACAAACGCUACCGGAGAAACCGCAAAGGAGGGUUGCAACAUUAACUUGUCACUUUCUGCGCUGGCAACUGUCAUCGACACUAUUGUGAAGGGAGGCAAGCACAUUCCCUACCGUGGAUCGCCCUUGACGAUGCUCCUGAAGGACUCGUUAGGUGGAAACGCGAAGACUGUUAUGUUUGCUAACAUUGGUCCUUCGGACAAGAAUAUUUCCGAAACUAUAUCCACUCUUAGAUUUGCUCUUCGAGCGAAGGAGAUCGAGAACAAACCUAUCAAGAACUUGGACCCAAAGGAUGCACGCAUCCAAGACUUACUUGACCAAAUUGCAGAUCUGAAGAGUCGCAUGGGAGAUGUUGAUCUCAACAAAGAGGACCAACUUAAACAGCGCAUAGAGGAACUAGAGAUUGAAAAUGCGGAUCUCCGUGGGGGUAGUGACAAGAACAAUCUCGAACUUGAAGAAAAUUGCCGGAACCUUCAGGCACAAUUGGAGAAAGUAAAUGAAGCGCUUGUAGAGAAGCAGAAAGAGGUUGCGAAGGAGGUAGACGCCCGUGCGAUGGUGGAGUGGAAUCUUCAAAAUGAAACGAGCCAUGUUCAGGACUUGCGCUCUGUUGCUAUUAAUUUUAUCAGGCGGGUCUGUUCAGAGAGUCAGUUGAAAGAUAUACGCGCCAAAAUGCCCCAGGAUGGUUCGUAUAACGUUAAGGACGAAACAUGGGACGUGAAAGAGAUACGGUUCUGCCUUGACGAGUUCACUGCAAUGUACGAAUCAAUGAGAACAUCGUCGUACACGCGGGAGGACUUGGAGCAAUACGCACAGAAGGCAGCGGUGAGCCUCCAAGAACAGGCACAGCGGCAACUCCAUGAGGCUGUGCGCUCCCGUGAUGAGUUGGCGCGGCAGCGCCAGGAGGACUCUGCUAAGCGGGCUGCUGAAAGUGAGUUACUCUCGCAGCUGAAGGUGGAGGUUAAUUCUCUCAAGGAUGAAAACGCGAAGUUGCGCGAUAAGAUUGAGCGCGAUCAGGAACGGAUUAAAGCCAAGGUGGCUAAGAGUAAAGAGGAAUAUAAGACAGUGGCGGAGCAGUUGGAGCGCACCAAGUCCGUGGUAACAGAGAAGGAGAGGGACAUAGAGCGGUUGAAGAAGAUGCUCGAAGAAAGUGGUAGCAGCACGCCGGGAAACACGCAGUCAGCGUGGGCUACCAGCGAGGAACGCGCCAAUCUCUUGCGAAUGUUGGAGGAGGAGAAAAAUGCAAGGAAGGAUUUAGAGUCGUGUGUGAGGGAGACGAACGUUUCGCUUCGUCGGUACGGUGUGUGUAUCAGCCAGUCCAAAGCUCCUGCAACUAGUGAGGGUGAAUCCGCUGCCGAGAAUGCCGAAGCCUUCAUUCUCCAGGCUGCAUCUGAAGAGCCUAUUGACGGUGACCUCUAUUCUCAGUUCCAGCAGCAGAUACGAGUGAUGCAGCGCCUGACACAACUUCGUCACCAGCAGCAGAAGAAACUAGGCGAUAUGGUAAAGAAAUACGAGCUCCUCAAGACAGGAAAGGUAACCUCGAAUCACGUCGCCCCGCCCGGAGCUGCGGCGCAAGGGGGUGGUGUGGAUGAAACAACGGCUCAGCAAAUCAAAGAGUUACUGCGGAAGAAAGAUGAUGAAAUUGAACGGAUAACACAAGAAAAGGAGAAGACCUGUGAUAAGAUUGUGAAAAAACUGAACAAAAGUGAAAUGAAAAUAAGGGAGUUGGAGACAGCACUCGAAGAGGAACGUGCACAAUUUACAGAGGAGCGUCAGGUGCUGGAUAGUGAGAAUCAGGAACUUCAGAAAUUCAACCAGCAGCUGUCCGUAGAAGUGGAGAUGCUUCGUGCUCAGCUGAAUGUUGUUAAGGAGGAGAUGUCCUCUUUGGAGCGAGCGAAGGCGGCUGAGUUGGAGCGGUGGAAAGAGGAGGAAGAGGACUACAACACGCGGAUUAAUGAAAUGCGUUCCAGCAUGUCUGCGUACGAUGAGCUGCAAAAGAGCUAUGAUCGCUUGCAGCAGCAACUCCAGCACGCGGAGGCUGCACUGAAAGAGAAGACUGACAAUCUCGAAAAUAAUAGGCAGAUUAUUAAGUGGUCGAAUUCCCUCCUUUCUGCGGAGAAGGAGAAGGUGGAGCAAAUGGAAAUGAUGAUGAAGCGACAGGAGGAGGAGAUGCGCCGGCAUGAGGAGCAACUUCGCUCUGAAAUGGUGGAUGAGAUCAAUAAGCAGGUGGUGGCGAACAACCGCCGCCUACAGGACCAGGCCGCCCAGUUUCAGGAUAUUAUUUCUCAAGAACAAGAAAAACAGAAGUCUAUCGUAAAGAAGGUUAAAGCCGCAAGAAAAGACGCCCAAAAAGCAGCGCAACGGUACGAUGAGAUGAUUCUGGAGAAUGAGUCACUGUUGUCCAAGCUGGAGGAGUUGAAGGUGAACUCUAUGCGUAUUUUCUUGGAAAAACAGGAGGCACAAAGGGAGCUGGACGCGUUACGUCCGUCACGAGUCGCCGCGACGCGGCGUCUCUGA